CUCCUGAGACCCAGGGAUUUUUGUUGUUUUUUCUAAUUAACUCCUAAGUGACUAAUACUAGGCCAUUAACUACAACUCAGUUGAGUCCUGAGCGUAAACUGAUGUAUACUUAAACAAAUUCCUGAGUGCCUAGUAUUAGUCACUUAACUUCAAAAUUCUCUCCAUGGCUUGCUGGUUAUCAGACUGCCCCAUAGGGGGUAGCACUGUACAGGUUAGAAUGUUCCUUGUUGAUGUAGUUCCUCAACUCACCGCUAGGGUGCGUCAGUGUGACACAGCAUUGAAACAAACAAGAUGGCAACACCACCCAGAAAGUCAUCCUCUACAAAUCAACGGUGUAAGUAGAUAAAACCAUUGUUUUACUUUAUAAGUUAUAUUUAUAUGUCAUAAACACAUCACAAGGUUAUUAUGUAGUGUAUUAAAUGCAACAAUAAUCAGUUUCUUUAUAGGACAAAUUGUUGUGCAAUCUAAGUGACUAAUAUUAGGCACACAGGGCUAAAGACCAAAAGGCAGUAUUUUACUAAUACCUAAUACUAGUAACUUCGGUCUUUAUUAUGUUGAAUUUCAGUAUAAACUUUUUUACAGUGACACCAAGAAAAAUCAAUGCUUGUCUGUUUGGGACUGAUGAUUCUGAGAUCGAGGAUUUCAAUGAUGAAGAAAAUGAAGAUAAUGUCCUCAGUGCCAGCACAAGAGAGCAAUCUUUAUUUCAAGCGAAUUGGAGUGACAAUACUGACAGCGACCUUGACUAUCAUCCCUCAACUAGUGACAGCGAUAACGAACCCACAACAUCAACAGCAGUAAAGAAAAAUCAACUAGCCAAAAGGAAGAAAAAUACUAAACUGCAACCACCAAUCAAGAGAACAAAGAACAUACCUACUGCCGAACCAUGGAGAAAAGGCAUUUUUUCUCCUGAUCCUGUGACUCUUCACGAACCUUCGUAUAUACCACUGGACUGUACGAAUUGGAGUAAUGAGAAGUUUGUUGAACUAUAUUAUGAUGAUGAUAUUCUUUUACAAUUUGUGGAGAAAAGCAACCAGACUUAUGUACUUAAGACAGGUAAUAGUUUGAACUUAUCUUUGAGAGAAUUCAAAGUUUGGUUGGGAGUAAAUUUUGUAAUGUCAUCCCUACAGUUGCCCCAAAUACGUAUGUAUUGGGACAAGGAAUGGAGAGUUGCUGUAGUUGCUGAUCAUAUGUCUAGGGACAGGUUUUUUCAAAUAAGAAAUUCACUAAAAAUUGUCUUUGAUGAUGACAUUAAUGAAGAGCAAAGGAAAGCCGAUAGGCUAUGGAAAAUAAGACCACUGAUUGACCGUGUUUUGUUAGGAUGCUUAAAACAAACCAGAAAUCAACACAUCUGUAUAGAUGAGAUGAUGAUACCCUUCAGUGGCACAAGUGACUUAAAACAGUACAUUCCCAACAAGCCCAACCCCUUAGGAAUUAAGGUAUUUGUUUUGGCUAAUCCUACUGGGAUUAUAUGUGACUUUGUGGUUUACCAGAAUCAGACCACCUUUACUCAAGAUAUUGCUGGAAGCUUUUGGCAAUGUGAGUCUGCCGUUCUUUAUCUAACUCGGUCUUUAGUUCCUGGUCAUGUCAUUUACAUCGACAGAUAUUUUAAUACUGUACGAUUAGCUGAAGAACUUCUUAGUCGUGGAAUUAGAUGCUCAGGGACUUUAAGGAAGGAUAGGCUUCCCCAGGAUAAUGAUCUUCCUGACGACAAGAUUUUUAAGAAAAGCCAAAGUAGGGGUUCAGCCACUGUCAGUGUUCGCGCCGAUGGUGCGAUAGCAUUAACAAAGUGGCUGGAUAACAAAUCCGUAACUAUGAUCUCAACUAAUGAGUCCGUUGAGCCCAUGUGUGAGGUUAAAAGGUGGUCAAAGGCUGAGAAGAGGUAUAUUCAAGUGUCCCAACCAAGUGUGGUGCAGUCAUACAACAAAAAUAUGGGAGGGGUGGAUUUGAUAGACAGAAUACUAUCUUAUUGCCCUUCGAGAUCUAGAACUAAAAAAUGGACAGUUAGAUGUUUAUUGCACUUUUUUGAUGUAGCCCUAGGAAAUGCAUGGCUUCAGAUGAGGGAGAUUAAGAAAUCGUCAGGAGUAUCUCCCAAGGACAUUGUUCAAUUCAGGCAUUUCAAGUUGGAAUUAGGUAAAUCCAUGAUUGAGAAGAAUAGUGUUCGUCUGGAUGUUGAUGAAAAUGGGGAUGAAGAUCAAGGACACCAAGAAGAAGGAUUUUUGGAUCGUAGGAAGAGUGCGGGCCCAUGUUUAGAGAAAAGACUGCAAGGCGCCACCCACUUACCGGAGGUGACAAAGAAAAUCCAAAAGAGGUGUGCUCUUCCAAAGUGUUUAAAAAAAUCUACUGUUUUUUGUACACAGUGUAAAGUUUAUCUUUGCCUUGUAGAUGGAAGGAACUGUUUUGCUAAAUACCACACAAAGUAAUUUGAGGGUCAUGAUUUAAAAAUCCUAAUUAACUUAGUAUUUUUAAUUAACUCAAAAAUCAACAGAAACCAUGGAAGUCUGAUUACGAUAGAUCAGUGCAGUAUUUUUAAUUCUUUUGUACUCAUGUUAAUUGACACUCAAUAAAAUAUAUGGUUUAACUGGAUGUACUAUGUUUUUAUACCAUUUCUACCCAUUUCAGUCCGAAGUGCCUAUUAUUAGGACAAUCAAAAAGGGUAGAAUAAGGCACAACAGAAUUUUUUAAAUAUUUUUUUUGGCUCUUUUCAUUUGUUUAUAGACAAGUUAUUAUCAUGUCAUAUGAUAUUUUAAAGAAAAAAAUUCUCGGGACUCAAGGCCAAUUUUUUAGAGUGCCUAAUAAAAGGCACUUCGGUCAUAGUUGCUAAAUCUUAUUGAAAUCCUCAGGUCUCAAGUACUAUCAAGACAAGUGCCUAGUAUUAGCCACUCUGGACUC